UAUCUAAAAACGAGGAAGCACUACAACACGUGGUCCUGUGUGCUGUCGUUUAUAUGCGAAAGGCUUGUUUUUUUAUUUAAUUUAUUUGAAAAAGUCAAAUAUUACAUUUUAUUGCGUUAAAAAAAAAUAACACUCAUGAGCUUUAAGGAAGUUCAAGAUGUCUCGUGUCGUUUCCAAGUGUCCUUUUUUGCCAUGUGUCGUUUACACACGUUUCCAUGGAAGUCUUUAGAAACUGAAAUCCAGAACUCACAGUCAGGAGUGAUUUUGGACAUUCUGAAAAAGACAUGUCUUAAUUUAUUAUGUCAUAAAAACCCACCGUCAGUGAAAUACAGGAGGCUUUUCCUGACUGAACUCAUCAAAAGGCAUGAGUUAACUGGGUCAGAGCCUCUGGACGAGCUGUAUGACGCUUUAGCCGAAGUGAUGAGCGCUAGAGAGGACGCGGUGUGCUACAAAACAUAUUUCCUGCCUACAGGAGAGGCGGUGAGUCUGGAAGAGAACGUAGCGAUGAUCUCUGAUGGCACCACGGGGCUCGUCACGUGGGAAGCAGCUCUUUACCUGACGGAGUGGGCACUGGAAAACACUCAUGUCUUUGCUGGAAGGACGGUGCUGGAGCUGGGCAGCGGCGCAGGACUCGCCGGCGUAUCACUGUGUCGCGUCUGCAAACCCAAAAAAUACAUUUUCACCGACUGCCACCAGGGGGUGCUUCAGAGACUUCACAAGAACCUCCAGAGGAACGGUUUAAACCAGGACGACGACACGGACGUGUCGGUGUGCGUGCGGGAACUAAACUGGGAACACGCACAAGACGAAGAGCUGAGGAGGAUCGGAGCGGAGGCCGUCGUCGCAACAGACGUUGUGUACGAUCCCGAGGUGGUCGGCUCUCUGGUGAGACUGCUUGCGAGACUUUUCCACGUUUGCGAAGACCCUCCGGAGGUUUACAUCGCCUCGACGAUACGCAACCCAGAAACCUACGCCCGCUUCAAGGACGAACUGGAAAAGGCUGGAUUAAAACACGUCCCUGCCCCGAAUCCUACCACACAAGUGUUCCCGUACGACCGAGUCUCUUCUUUAGAAAUCAUCAACGUGCUCACAGAGUUCAAAAUGUAAUAAAGUGCUUAUUUACAACGUA